AGAAGCACUGCAAGUUUCAUUAGAUAUGAUUCACAUUGCAUCAGACGAGCCACAACGACAUUUUCCUCUGAGGCAAAGAAAUGAAUAUCCUUUCAUCCAUCCACAUAUCCACACAGGUCACAGCCCCCCCAACAGAAACACAUCCUAUAAUAAGUUGCAUCAAAAACAACAACCUCAAGAAGCUCAAAAAAUUACUUAAAAAAAUUAGUGACGUUAAUCAAGUUUACCCCUGCGAAGAGUUGACUGACUACAUAACUCCACUGAUUGCUGCUGUCGCAUAUCACUACAAGGAUAUUCUUACUUUCCUUUUGCGUCAGGGUGCAGACUCUAACAAGGCUUCCCAAAAUGUCUUUACACCUUUGCAUUAUGUCUCACUGUCCAACGCACCACUUGAUUUUGUGGAGAAACUACUUGAGGCAAAAGCUGAUCCAAACGGAUGCCAUCCCAUGUUCACACCACUGCAAGCUGCGGCCAACAAUGACAGGGAGGAUGUCUUGAAAAUGCUCAUCUCUGCCGGUGCACUGGCAACGAUGUUACCUCUCUCUGAGCCUGAUUUUAAAAAGCGAUCUCAGAUGAUACAUGAACUUGCAUCAAAAGGAAACAAAUUGUGCUCCAAAAUCAGGUAUUUCCUGGAUAUGGAAAAUGCUGUGCGAAGGGAACCGUAUGAAGAAGUGUUUAAAACCUUUGACAGUCACAUGCUGCUGGAGGAUCCUCAGACCCAUCUGAUCAUGAUUGAAAGACUUUUUAAUUUAAAUAGGCAAGAUGCAGACAAGUUCCGCCAUGGAAGUAUCAAAUGGCUAAAAGAUAGUAAAAAUGUGGACACCUACGUUGCGGGUGUAGGUAGUCGCUUUCCAAACAUUCCUCAGGAGUUUUUAAAUCAGGCAAUUGUUAGUUUGUAUUUUGUGUUGUGUACUAUGGAAGAAAUACCAAAUGAGCAAGCAUGCGCCAUGAUCCCCCAACUACUGGAACUUUGCUCCAAAGAUAGACCUGAUGUAUGCCAAACUGUUCUGCAAACACUUUAUGUGAUAACACAGAAAAUAAAAGGUCCAAAUGGCUGGGAUUCCCACUUUCUUGAGAAGUUAUGCAAAACAGUUGCUCCUUUUGUGAAAGAAAAAUACCCUAUUAACAUUAGAGUCUUUGCAUACAGCAUAUUUGGAAACUUGCUUUCAUUUGAACAUGCUUCCAACUUCUUUACAUCAGUAGGGAUAACUUCAGUGCCUGAGGAGAUUCUGACUUCUGCAGGUAUGCAGAUGCAAAACGAUCUGAAAGAGGCGCUCAGACGACUGAAAAAUCAUUUCAGCGAAGACGAGGACAUGCCUGGGUCCAAAAAGAAGAAGAAAAAGAAGAAGAAAAGGAAGGAAAAGUCAGAAAAGCAAGACCACCCAAAUGAAACUGAUCUAACAGCAGGUCCUACAAUGGAGUCAACUUCAAAUGUGAAGCCAUUCCUCCUCAACACCACUGUAUCAUCAAUAAAACAGAGAUGGAAUCAAGUCAGCAUGAAGUGGAGAGGAAAACUAGAGAAGCUUCUGAGCACUGAUGAAAGUAAAGUGACCAGAGUUGGGAGCAUGAUUUUUGUGAAUGAUGAAGAAUUGCGCAUAGCAAAGGGAAGUGAUGGUACUGAAGUCUUCUUGGGGCUGAGAGAUGACGGCACUGAAGUUGCUAUUAAGAGAAUGCUUAACAGCAACUACAAAGUGCUAAAGAACGAGGAAGGAUUUCUGCGACUUCCAGAGCUCGAUCAUCCAUUCAUUGUACGAUAUGUUGAUGCUGCGGAAUACGUUCUUUGGCUAUCUUGGACUUCAACUUUGUGAAAACACCCUGGAAGACUACAUCAGAGGUGACGAUAGGAGUCUGCCAAUACAAAAACUUGUCUAUCAGGUUCUGGAGAGUUUAAGGGUGCUUCAUUGUCAAAGUCCUCCAAUUCUCCACCGGGAUCUCAAACCACAGAAUGUCUUGAUCGAUGUCAAUGGGAGGGCAAGAUUGGCUGAUUUUGGCAUUAGUAGACGGUUACCCAAAGGCCAAACAACUUGUCGCACAGCCAGUGCAGGAACUAAAUGCUGGAUGGCCAAGGAGACUUUAGCGGACGAACGUGACACUGAGAUACCGUACAAGGCGAACACUGAUGUACAGGUGGCAGGUAUGCUCAGUUAUUAUAUCCUCUCUGGGGGACACCAUCCUUUCGGCGACAGAUCCUAAGAAUGUGAGAGCAACAUUCAUAAAGGGCUCUACACGUUGGACCAUGUUGAAGAUGUAGUGGCAAAGGAUCUCAUUGAGUGGAUGAUCAAUGAAGAACCACUUAAGAGACCUAAAGUGGAAGAAUGCUUGAGUCAUCCCUUCUUCUGGACCUCUGAAAGGAGACUUGCAUACUUGAAAAAGACCGGCAACAGGGAUGAGGUGGCAAACUGUCGGAAGGCUGACAAGAAACUGGUUUGUUCAUUGGAACAAUGUGCUGGAGAUGGAGCCUUCAAACAGUGGAAAACUAAGUUUCCGCCAGAGUUGGUCCAGAAGAUGGAUGCCAAGAACAAAGCCUACCCUGACAACACACUGGGAUUACUGCGCUUCAUACGAAACCUCCAUGAGCACUAUGCCAAGGAUGCAGCCCAAGUUGAUGUGAUGACGUUAUUUCCUGAUCUCUUUGGAUGUGUUUACAAGUUUGCCAAGACCCAAGGGUGGAAUUCAGAGACCCCCUUAGAGGAAAUGUUUCGGAGAGACGACCGCACCACUGGCUUUACAAUGUUGUCCAACCCUAGGGAGCGGUUGGCUGUCCCAGUUCAGGAGUCGCAACCCAGUGACUUGAAGAUUAAUUAAAAAAGAAAACAAGCAUUCAGAUAACAGAGCACAUGCAAUUCUGUUGUAAUACAGUUUUGAACAAUUAUAGUGUCCCACAUAUGCCCCAAAGCAAGGCUUUGGCAACAUUAGGCAACAAGACUGGCAUGAUCAGACUUUAUUCUCAUUAAAGGAAAGCUCAAUGCCUACCGUCUUUAAAGUGUCCCUGUAAGCCAUGACAGUGUCAUAGUGAGUCAUCCAUUAUUCAUUUUAUAAUGUGCAUCUGUGCCUUAUCAAAAUUUAUUUUCUGAAUUAAGCCUGUAAGAUUUUGCCCGUGUUUUGUACAUAGUUACUAUUUUCCUAAAGGAAGAUAUAAUUACUAGCUUAUAAGAUCCUGUAGUACAAUUUUAAGGGACCCUAUAUUACUGUAGUGUUUUCAUUUCU